UCAGUAGAUAGAGAAGUGCUACUCCUCCUUGUUUCUUCAACUGCUUCUUGUUGCUGUUUGAUUGGUGAAUUCAAGAUGUCUGCUCAUGAUCAUGACCUUUUGGCUGCUGCAUUCUCUGCUAUGCUCGGUAUGGAAGUGCUACCUCCACAUGCCAAAGGUACCAUGGAUAUUCCAUCCUUUUCAAUCCAUCAACUCUUUCAUGGCUCGCACAUCAUGAUAGAAAUGCUACCUCCACACACCAAAGGUCUCAUGGAUAUUCUAUCCCAUCAACUCUUUCAUGGCUCACACAUCAUGGAGCCAUGUCUCUCUAUUCUUGACUCUCCAUCACCUGAAGACGUGUUCGAAAUCACUGUCUCCAGUCUUGAUGGCUUACUACAGUUUAAUCUCACAGUAAAAAAAGACGAAACUGUUGCUCAAAUUAAAGAGAGGAUUUCAAAAAGAACUGGCAUUCCUCCUUUUCAGCAGCAUCUAAUGUGUGCCAAGAAAGAGCUAAAUGAUCCCCUGACGCUGGAGAGCUCGGGUAUUCGACCAAAAAGCAGGCUUAUGUUGGUUCAUUAUCCAAAAGCUGUUGACAAUGGUCCACCUGGGCUGGGUCAAAAGCCGGCACCUAGCUCUGUGACGAGGCAGUUGCAAAUCAAGCCAGCCCCUAGCCCUGUGACAAGGCAAUUGCAGGGUAAGCCUGCCCCUACUUUUACAAGGCAAUUGAAACCUUGCCAUAACAUGGGGGAUUGUCACAAAGGCCAAUGCAAGAUGAAUGUAGAUGAUCUGGCUCCCGAAUACGAUCACGACUACACCUCUAUGACAAGUGGAAAGACAUAUAUGAGAGGUGACCGUCCGUACGUGAGGCCAUUUGGAUGGAAGAGAUAUGCUGUCAAGGUCCUCGGAAAUACGAAUUAUAAAGAGCAAGAUGAGAAAAAUGGGAAAACGGUUGAUGCGUGGCUCGGACCCAAUGGUAUUCGUGUAGAGAGUGUGAAAGGGGAGUGGCCUGUGUCGUAUCAUGGGACGAGUUUUGAAGUAGUAGAGUGUAUUGUGUCUGGUGAUCCAACUAAACCCCGAGGUGAUGGUAAACCGGGGUACAAACCGAGUGAAAAGAACAAAGGUGGAAGAGUUGUACACGGAGAUGGUGUUUAUAGUUCUCCUUCCAUUGAUUAUGCGAGUCUGUAUGCUUCAAGGUUCACAAAAGAUCAGAAUGAGUACUUGUCUGUACUGCAGAACAGAGUUAAUCCUGAAGAUGGGCAUUUGAUAUUCACGGCAGAUGACAGAAUAUGGCUUUCUCCGAUGCAGGACUCAAGCAAAGGAAUCUACGAUGUUCGACCGUAUGGAAUUCUCAUUAAGAAAGUUGGUAGUUGGUGCUCUUUGAUGUGAGGGGUCUACAGCACUGGACUGCAUGUACAUGUAUAUAAUUUUAGCGAAUUUUAGCGAAUUUGUAAUUAACGCUAAAUUACCCAUUAACAAUUUUUCUUUUUGUAUACCGUAAUGUAAUGUACUUUUAGAAUAUGCUAAGCAAACUAGCCCUUUUUUCAUCUGUAUCUGACUCCAAACUUUCCAAUUAAGGUAAUUAGUACCCUAAAAACAGAGAAAAAGAAAACGCUAAAAUUACUACCCGUCUAUAAUAGGGUACCUUGAAAAACAUUCUUGGUGUUGUAGUUAUUCAUUAAUUAUAAUUUAUUCAUGGCAUGUCUAGAUCUAACCACAUUAAGGUGCUUUCCCUGGUGGUUCCCCUACUGUAUGUAAACUCUGCCUGUACAUGUAUUAUAUUUUAUGUACUUAUGUAAUUUGAGUUCAUUGACAGUGGACAAGACCAAUACAGAGCUAGCUGUUGUGGCUUUUCAUUUAUCUCUCCAUAUACUGCUCCAAAAUGGAUAUCCAUGAGCUUUUAGCAGCUGCUUUUACAGCCAUGCUAGGUGUGGAGGUGGUGUCCCCAGCUAGAGGAGCUGCUUUGGGCAUCCCAAAACUCUCUGUUCAUCAGCUAUUUCGAGCUACCUACAUUAUGCGACCUCCUGCAAGUGUUGAUCCAGCAGAGCGAUUUGAUGUCAUCGUGAAAACGCUUACAGGCAUGCAAAUCACCAUUCCAGUCAGCAAAGACCACACUAUUGCAGAAGUCAAGGCAGCCAUUGCUGAGAAAGAAGACAUACAUCCACACGAGCAGCGGUUGUUGUUUGAUCGAAAGACGUUAGCAGAUCACGAAACACUACAGGAUAUAGGAGUCCCUCCAGAUGGUAUAAUUUUCCUUGUGCUCCUUGUCAGGGGUGGUGGACCUUCGUUUCAGCUGGACCCCGAUGAACUAGCUCCAGAGUUCGAUUACGAUUACACAAGCAUGAAGGAUGAUGGUAAAAAGUUUAUGAGGGGCGCGUUUGAGUACAAGCGACCUUUUGGCUGGAAGAGAUACGCCAUCAAAGUUUUGGGGAGGCCUGAGUAUGGGAAUAAUCAGUGGCUGGGGACUGGAGGAAUUCGAGCACAAACUGACGGAAUGGAGUGGCCAGUGUCUUAUCAUGGCACCAGUAUGGAGAGUGCUAAGAAGAUCAUACAGGACGGAUAUAAAAUUGGCCAAAGAGAGUUAUUUGGCAAAGGAGUGUACAGUUCUCCCUCUGUACUGGUGGCCGAUCGCUAUAGCAGUACCUUCGAUUAUGAGGGGAACAGAUACAAAGCGGUGCUUCAGAAUCGCAUUAAUCCUGAUCCGGGCCACAUGAAGAUUGUCUCUAAAGAGAAGACAGGAGCUGGCGAUGAGUAUUGGGUGUCACCCCUCAAUGAUCCAAGCAAGGGGGUGCAUGACGUACGACCUUACAAUAUUCUCAUCAAAAA